AUGUCGUUUAACUACCUCCAAAACUUGAAUUUAGAAGUGACUGAAUCCCCCAUCAUUUCACCUAUAAACUUGGAUAAUAAUAGUGCCCAUAAUAACGGUCACACCGCUCAUAUUAAUAAUGAGUUGGACCUAUUUUCCAACAGCGAGUUCUUUAAUUUUGAUUUCUUUGCUACUGAUAGUCUUGCACCCAAGCCCGAAUUAAAACAGAAUAUUCAUGUCAAUAAUAUUUCCUUAUCCAACAACGGAUUUAUAAACUCGGACUCGAACCCAAACUCAAUCGCAAAUGACAAUAAUAGCAGCAAGUCCAGUCCAGAUGACUCAUUGAAUGACUUUGAUAACAUAUUCAGUCUUGAAAACAGUAUUAAAUCAGAAUUCCGUAAUAAUAGCAACAACAAUAAUAUUAAUACUAUUAAUACUAUUAAUAAUAACAAUAAUAUUCAUACUAAUAAUAACCAAAAUGAACUUGGCUUUUCUAUUGAAUCACUACUUUCAUCAAUAUCUAAUAAUAACAGCAUUAAUAACAAUAACAACAACAAUAACAUUAACGAGUUUAAUGACGUUUCUAGUCUAACCAGUUUUAACAGUAUAAAUGGUUUAAACAAUUUUAACGAUUUCAACAACCUUAGCCAUCUUUCUCUCAAAAACACCACUAAUAACACUAUUAUUAACAAUAUCAGUAACAAUAUUAUUGAAAAUAAACACGAAAUUAAGUUUGACAAAAAAAAGAGAAACACCGCAGCUAGUGCUAGGUUUAGAAUCAAAAAAAAGUUAAAAGAACAAAAAAUGGAAAACGACUUGAAAGAUCUCACUGAAAGAGUCGAAAACAUGAAAAAACUAAUCAAUAAACUAGAAAUGGAAAACAAAUGCUUGAAAUCUCUUAUAAUUGAAAAAAAUGAAAAGAAAUCAAACGACCUAUUAACUAAUAUUAAAAGAAAUGCAGGUUUAUCUAUUUGA